GCCAACGUGCGCGCGUCCGGCGUCCGAGGCGGUUGGUGUCAGGGAGUUGUUGAGGCGCCAUACGAGGCAAUUAUUUCCAGUCAGAAAAGGGAACCAGUGCCUGGCUUUCUCACCAGCUUUCUACCUGCCAUGAUCAAGUGCUUGUCAGUUGAAGUACAAGCCAGGUUGCGUUCUGGUUUGGCUAUAUGCUCCUUAGGCCAAUGUGUUGAGGAGCUUGCCCUCAAUAGUAUUGAUGCUGAAGCAAAAUGUGUGGCUGUCAGGGUAAACAUGGAAACCUUCCAAGUUCAGGUGAUAGACAAUGGAUUUGGGAUGGGGAGUGAUGAUGUAGACAAGGUGGGAAAUCGUUAUUUCACUAGUAAAUGCGACUCUGUACAGGACUUGGAGAACCCAAGGUUUUAUGGUUUCCGAGGGGAGGCCUUGGCCAGUAUAGCUGACAUGGCCAGUGCUGUGGAAAUUUUAUCCAAGAAAAACAAGUCAAUGAAGACUUUUGUGAAGCUGUUUCAGAAUGGAAAAGUCCUGAAAGCUUGUGAAGCUGACUUGACUCGACCAAGUGCUGGGACAACAGUCACCGUAUAUAACCUAUUUUAUCAGUUACCUGUAAGGAGGAAAUGCAUGGAUCCUAGACUGGAGUUUGAGAAGGUUAGGCAGAGGAUAGAAGCUCUCUCACUCAUGCACCCUUCCAUUUCUUUCUCUUUGAGAAAUGAUGUUUCUGGUUCCAUGGUUCUUCAGCUCCCUAAAACCAAAGACAUAUGUUCCCGAUUUUGUCAAAUUUAUGGACUGGGUAAGUCCCAAAAGUUAAGAGAAAUAGAUUUUAAAUAUAAGGAGUUUGAGCUUAGUGGCUAUAUCAGCUCUGAAGCACAUUAUAAUAAGAAUAUGCAGUUUUUGUUUGUGAACAAGAGGCUAGUUUUAAGGACAAAGUUGCAUAAACUCAUUGACUUUUUAUUAAGGAAAGAAAGCAUUAUAUGCAAGCCAAAGAACGGCUCUGCCAGUAGGCAAACGAAUUCAAGUCCUCGGCAUCGGCCUAACCCAGAACUCCAUGGUAUAUAUGUAAUCAAUAUGCAGUGCCACUUCUGUGAGUAUGACGUGUGCCUGGAGCCAGCAAAAACUCUGAUUGAGUUUCAGAACUGGGAUACUGUUUUGGUUUGCAUUCAGGAAGGAGUAAAAAUGUUUUUAAAGAAAGAAAAAUUAUUUGUGGAAUUAUCAAGUGAAGACCUUAAGGAAUUUAGUGAAGAAAAUGAUUUUAGUUUAUUUAGUGCCACUCUUCAGAAGCAAGUGUCCUCUGAUGAGAAGUGUGACCAGGUCAAUUUCCAAGAAGCAUGUAAUAAUAUUUUGGAUUCCUGUGAAAUGUUUAAUUUGCAAUCAAAAGCUGUGAAAAGAAAAGCUCCUGUAGAAAACAUAAACACACAGAAUUCUAGGGAUUCGGAAGGUAUCAGAAAAAAGACAAAUGGUUCAUUUUUGUACACUUACAAAUCCGAUGGGCCAGCCCAUAGUAAAAUGGAGUCAUCUUUACAAAAUGAAGAUAGCGCUUGCUCAGAGUCAAGGAUCUUAGAACAAGAGACAGCUGAAGCAUCAGAAUCAGGAGCAAAUGAGAAACAUAAAAAAUCUUGCUUGGAACUUAACUCUUCAGAAAAUCCAUGUGGAACCAGUUCAGAAAUGUUUGCAAGCCCUUUUCAGACACUUUAUCACUUUGAGGGGAGUGGAGAAGGUCUAGAAAUACAGAAAGUAAGUAUUACUGCUGAUGGCAUGGCUGCCAACAUCCUGAAAAAUAAUAGAAUUCAGAAUCAACCAGAGAGAUUUAAAGAUGCUACUGAAAUGGGAUGCCAACCUCUGCCUGUUGAGACGACAUUAUCGGGAGCACAUGGUGCUCAGAGAGAAGAAGAGAAAAGAGAAAAAGAACCUAGUAAUUGUGGAAGAAUAAAUGUUUUUAGUUAUGGGCAAGUUAAAUUAUGUUCCACUGGCUUCAUAACUCAUGUGGUACAAAAUGAGCAAACUAAAUCAACUGAAACAGAACAUUUAUUUAAAAAUUAUGUUCAACCUGGUCCUGUGAGUGCCAAAGAAACAUUUGGAAAUAGAACACGCCAUUCAUUUGAGACUCCAAACGCCAAAGAUUUAACCACCACUUUAAGUAAAGAAUUUGCUCAACUGCCCAACAAAAGAUUGUGCAGAACAAAUGUAAGUUAUGGGCUAGAGAACAAACCUAUAGCAACUUAUAAAAAUUUUGCUGUUUUUCAGGAAAGUAGUAAAAAAUCGCACACAGGUUGCUUACUACCUGACGCAUCCUCUUUCUCUUGGGGUAGACAUGUUUCAGAUGGUACUAAGAAAACAGGUAAGUUGAUUUGUUCUGCCAAACCCAUAGUUCAUAAGAAGCUAAGCUUAAGUUCACAACUAGGAUCUUUAGAGAAGUUUAAGAGGCAAUAUGGGAAGGUUAAAAAUACUCUGAAUACAGAAGUGGAGGAAAAUAUCACUUUAGAAAUCACUACCAAUCUCAAUCCUGAGGUUGAACCUGACAUUCUGUGGAAAGACAAAAACCACUUAGACAACUCUGGUAUUUGUAAACUCACUACUGUGAAACAUGAUGAUUCAAAUAGUAGUUGUCAACCAGUAAGUCACAUGUUUUAUUCAGAAAAGUUACCAUUCUCCAAGGAAGACAGUUGUUUGGAAGAACAGAUGCCUUGCUUAAGAGAAAGCCCUAUGACUCUACAGGAGUUAUCUCAUUUUAACAGAAAGCCUUUGGAUGUUGAGAAGUCACCUGAAUCAUUAGCCUCUAAAUUAUCCAGAUUGAAAGGCUCCGAAAGAGAGACUCAAACAAUGGAGAUGAUGAGUCAUUUUAAUGAACUUCCACAAUCAGAUUCCAGUAGGAAAGACAGUGACUUGUCCAGUGGGUUAACCCUAGAUUCUUGUAAGUUAUUUAAAAAUGAGCAUAAAAAACCAGAAAGUGGCAACAUCCCAAUGUCAGACUCUGUCACACAGGGUAAUCCCUUCAAUAAAGACAGUGAAACAUAUUCUAACAACAAUACAACAGAGAACUCUGUGAUGUCAGAAACUCCUUUAGUACUGCCCUAUGAUCAUUCUACAGUUAUCGGUAAGGAUUCAGAUGUUCUUACGGCUUCAGAACAACAGAUUGGAAGUCCUGACUCUCCGAGUAGAAUGUUAGUGAGUCAUGGAGAAGAUUCCACAGCUGGCCAAAAUGGAACUUGUUGUCAGAGUGAGGAGUCUAUAGCAAGAACUUGUUCUGAAAAUGAAGAGUCGAACACAUGUUCUUUGGAUUGGCAGCAGCAUUUUGAUGUAGCCCUGGGAAGAAUGGUUUACAUCAACAAGCUAACAGGACUUAGCACAUUCACUGCUCCUACUGAGGAUGUUCGGGCUGCUUGUACUAAAGACCUGACAACUAUGGCUGUGGAUGUUCUACUUGAGAAUGGAUCUCAGUACAGGUGUCAUCCUUUUAGAAGCGACCUUGUUCUUCCUUUCCUUCCUAGAGCUCGGGAAGAGAGGACUGUGAUGAGACAGAAUAACAGAGCUACUGGAGACGAUGCUGUUGGUCCCGAAUCGCUUCAGUCUUUGUUCUCAGAAUGGGACAACCCAGUAUUUGCCCGUUAUCCAGAGGUUGCUGUUGACGUUAGCAGCGGCCAGGCUGAGAGCCUAGCAGUUAAAAUUCACAACAUCUUGUAUCCUUACCGUUUCACCAAAGAAAUGAUUCACUCGAUGCAGGUUCUCCAGCAAGUGGAUAACAAGUUUAUUGCCUGUGUAAUGAGCACUAAGACUGAAGAGAAUGGUGAGGCAGGUGGAAACCUGCUAGUCUUGGUGGACCAGCAUGCUGCCCAUGAGCGCAUCCGACUGGAGCAGCUGACCAUUGGUUCCUAUGAGAAGCAACAGCCACAAGGCUCUGGUCGAAAAAAAUUACUGUCUUCCACUAUAAGUCCUCCACUAGAGAUAACAGUGACAGAGGAACAAAGGAGACUCUUAUCGUGUUACCACAAAAAUCUGGAAGAUCUGGGCCUUGAAAUUAUAUUUCCAGACACUAGUGAUUCUCUGGUCCUUGUAGGAAAAGUACCACUCUGUUUUGUGGAAAGAGAAGCCAGUGAACUUCGAAGAGGGAGAUCUACUGUGACCAAGAGCAUUGUGGAGGAAUUUAUUCAAGAACAAGUGGAGCUACUCCAGACCACAGGAGGCAUCCAAGGGACUUUGCCACUGACUGUCCAGAAGGUGUUGGCAUCCCAAGCCUGCCAUGGGGCCAUUAAGUUUCAUGAUGACCUGAGCCUAGAGGAGAGCUGUCGCCUUAUUGAAGCUCUGUCCCGGUGCCAGCUGCCGUUCCAGUGUGCUCAUGGCAGGCCCUCCAUGCUGCCGUUAGCUGACAUUGACCACUUGGAGCAGGAAAAACAGAUUAAACCCAAUCUUGCUAAACUUCGCAGAAUGGCUCAGGCCUGGCAUCUCUUUGGAAAAGCAGAAGGAUGUGACACAGGGCAAAGCCUGCAGGCAUCCGCGCCUCCUUGUGAGCUGCCAUGAGAACAGAAUUACUGUCUCUAAGGAACCGAAGGGUUGCUGACUGUAGGCCUCUGGGCAGAGUGUGAGCAGCAGGCACUGGCAAGGUCUUGACUGAAUGGGCCCAGGGCACCAAUCAGCAUCUCCGUCUUCCUUGAGCAGAUGAUCCCUCCAGUUAAGUAGCCGGAUGGAAUUCAAGCCUAAAGGCAGUUCAUUCAUUGGCAUCCAUGGACACUGGAGGUUGCCCUAUAAUAUCUACUUUUUGUAAUUUAUUUGGGGAUAAAAUCUAAUGAUUAAUCGUCUGGUUGUCUGGUUGUUUGUGGGGGUUUUGGGGGGUGGGAUGGGGGUUUUUGGUUUUGUUUUGCAAUUUUUUUCCAGCCUCAUAGUUUGCGCUGAUGUGAUCUACCUGAUGCUGAACUCCCAGGGGUCAAGCCUGCCUUCCUAGACCUCCCACAGCCUGCUCCCUCAGCCCCUCCUUCCCCCCCAGCCUCCUCCACUUCCCUCUGCUGCUGCUUUACAUUCUGUAUCUCAGCCUUAAAGAGUUUCUCCACGCUCAUUAAAAACGUGCCAGGUAGUCUUCCA